GCAAUCUGGCAUUUGCUUUUCUCAAGAAGCCACUCGGUUUUCAUUCCUGUGUAUUCUUUAGUAAUGUCCUGGAUUCUGUUAUAGCAGGUUACUGCCUGCAUAUUAUACCUUUUUUGUGACAUACAUGGACUGUGUAACAGGAAAGAGAGAAAGCAAACAAAGCAGGGACUGAAAGAAGGGAAGAAAGGAAACAAAAUAGCAGCAUUCCUUCUGAAGGCGCUCCUCAAAACUUGUGUCUGUUUCACUGAGAAAUAUGGAGACUAAAUCAGUUUUUUCAGAAAUUCACAAGUUGGAUAUAAAUGAGUAGCAGAAAGAAAGGGAACAAAAAAUGUAACGUGACCAGUGGUAGUAAAGGUUUGGGACAAGGAACAGGUGUACUUGAUUUUUUUUUUUUUUUUGCAGUUUGGCUAAAGCUUCUAAUAGUGUACAGUGGCAACCCUCAUAGUGCCCUAAAAAUGGUACCCCAAAAGUCUGAUGUUAAGAAAUCCAAGGCAAACACAAAAAAAUCUGGGCAGAAAGCAGCAAAAAAUGAAACUAAGAGUUGCAAGACUGCAGGAGCAAAGUUAAAAGACAAGCAGCAAGGGAAAUCUGGGAAGGUUAUCUGUAACAAAUAUAAAAAUACUCCUGGUCAGUCAUCAAAAGGUGUGUCAAAGAGCCAAACUACCACCAUUACAAAACAAGUCAAGGCACAUAAAGGUGGCAGAAAACAAAGUGUGGAAAGUCUCAGCUCUACAGACAAAAGUGACUAUGCUGAACAUAACAAGAAGCUAACAGUUGAGCAGAAUCAAGAAAGAAUAUCUAAGCAUGACCAAAAGGAAGGUGCUGAAAAGUCAAAUAGAUUAGGAAAGUCAGUCUUAAAAAAAAGAAAGGAAAGCCAUAAAGACUUACAGGAGAAAUCCACUUCUGAAUCUGAGGAGGAAGAAGAAGAACUAAAAAAGACAACAAAAAAAACUGACAAAAAGCAGACAAAAAAUAUACAGGAUGCAAGCUGUAAUUCAGGAAAUAGCAGCAGUUCUUUCCUGUCAUCCUGUGAGGAAAUUUCUGAAGAGGAACAAUCAAAAAACAAAGAAAAACAUCCCGUAGCACCUGUAAUUAACAAAAAAUGUGUUCAGAAGGAGUCAAGCAUGAGUGAAGCAAAUGAAACCCAAGAGAGUGAGGGAAAUACGGAAAUGUUUACGAACAAAUGUGAAGAAGUAAAUAAACAGUCACGUGAGGCAGAACAGAGAGAAGUGGAAGAAAUGUUGGAUCAAAGUGAACCACAAGGAAGUAGCAAGAAAGAGAGCACAUACAGUUCUGAAUGUGAACUUCGAGUUAAUGGAUCUAGAAAGCUAAAGAGUAGAAGAAUUAACAAGAGUGAAAAGAGGCAGAAUAGUAAACCUGAAAAUGAGGCUUCUGUUACUGAUGCAUCUUCAGAUGGGAAUGUCUGCAAAACUGAAAAUGAGGUUCAUAAACAAUCAGGAGUAUCCAACAAACAUACACAUCAAAACAAGAAGAAAAACAUUAUGAAAAAAGCUGUGCCUCUUGGACGAACAGCAAAGCUCUUGAAUGUUGACUCAAGUUCCAAAACUUUAAGCAAAGAAGAAACAAAAACUGAAGAGAAUGAAAAGUCUGAAGCAAGGGUAGAUCAGGUACAAAACCUCUUUUCCAUUAUGCAAGCACAGAAAAAGCACAAAUCUCAGAUCAAUCUGAUAUCAAAACUUGUAAAAGGGGGUUUAAUGGAUGAAGCAAAUGAUAACUUGGAAGGCGUGAAAAGUAGUGAGUCAGGAAUUUCUAAAGUGAAAGAGCACAAGCCCAUGCUUAGCAAACAGACUCAGAUGAUCUUGACCUUGACAAGCAAGCAUAAAGUCAUGAAGGACAAACUAGAAGACAAGCCAAAAGAUGUCACUGCGAGAACAGAAGUUAGUUCAGAUCCGGAAUCAAAUAAUGCAGACUCAACAAAUAUAAAAAAAAAGAAGCAAUUAAGCAAUUCUAAUGAAUCUGCCUCUUCUUGCAAUAUUGAAAAGUCAUCUCAACCACAUCAUUCUAAAUCAGUGCAACGGCUUGAUUCUGGUAACAGUAGAAAGCUUGGGAAAGUCAUUGAUACAGUUAAACUUGUAGGUGUGAGAAAUCCAGGUAACAGUGCAAACAUAACAGAGGAAAAAGAACUUGCAGAAGAACAUGAAGUAGUGAAAGACUCAAAUAAUGUACGAGGUCGUAAAAGAGUGUCUGCUUUAAGACGAGUUGUUGUAUGGCUCAACCAAAAACUACCUAAAAGUUUGAGAGUUAAGUCUAAAAUUGUUACUGCAACCAGUGCAGUGGGGAUAUCAGGUUGGCUUAUGAAAAGACUACGUAGGAAAAAGACUAGGAAGGCUUUUAAAAGACGAAUUGCAGCUAAGGUUGUAAGUACUGCUGGUCUAGCAAGGUGGCUUGGUAGUCCAUCUGGAAGCUCUGUUGGACGGCCAGAAGCUAUAAAGGAAGCUGGGAAAGGAGACAGCAGUUAUUUAUUGGAGACUCUUGAGGAGGCUUUGGUGGAGACUGAAUUAAGUGAUUUGCAAACAGAGCUUGUUGAGGAAGACAUGAAUAAGUGUGAUUUCUCAAGAGUGAGUGAAAGCAACCCUGAAAUUGAAGACAACUUUGAAGGUGAUGAAACAACUAAUAAUACCGAUGCACGGUAUGCUAUAGUUUUACCACGGGUCCAUCAUCUUGUAAAAUCAAAGGCAUCAUCAUCUUCAUCAUUAUCAUCUUCAUCAUCAGCUGGACAUAACAGAAGUGUUGAUUCCAGACUGAGCAAAGGACUUCCAUCUAGAAACACUGCAGUGUCAUCACAGACUAACUAUAAAGACCCAGACAGUCUUAAGUAUUUUGCAGUUAAAGGUCAACAACUAAGUAGAACUACCAAUGGGUACUUUGAAGCAAAUCAAAAAGGCAGUGACAUAUUGUUUAAAGGAGACAUCAUAAAGGACAAAGGGAAAGCUGGAGUGAUAACAUUAGAUAAUGCUAAAUUUGGCCAAGAAAGGCAGACAUAUACAAGAUCUCAUUUAAGUAACAAUUAUAACAUAACAGAAAUUAUGGGCUCCCAAACAAAAACAUGGAGAAGAAAGGAAGAAAAAGAUGAGAGUAAAAUUCUUCAGGAAAAGUCCAUUAAUUCUCAUGAAAUAAUUUCUGAAUUGCAAAAUUCUGCAGAUAGAGAGGAACUGGAUGUCUCAAACUUUUACCUGGAAGAAGAAGAUGCUGACAAAGAGGUUGCAAGAAUCAUGGAGAAUUCUGUGUUUGAAACCACAGCAGAGGUUCACUGGUCCCAGAAAAAGUCAACAAGAUGUGAUCCAGUAGAGUGGUUAAAUGCUGAAACUCUGCUACCACACCAAACCAUUGAGAAGCUAAGCAAGUGGACAAUAUAUAAGGAGCAGGAUAUGUCUGAACCUCAUAUCAUCGGCUCAUCAAAAUCAGUAUGGGAAACAGAAGGUAUCAGUGAAGACAUCUUUGAGGUGGACUUUACACACAAACAGUGUGUCACUGAAGAAAUCUAUGAAGCGAGAAAAGGGGUACCUUCAGAACCCCACAACUUGAAUAUAGGGGAAAAGAUGCUAUUAAAUGAACUAAAAUCUCAAACCAAAGUUCGAAUCAUGAAGCCGGAUAAGGAAGGGGGCGUGGUACUGUAUGGAACUGAAGAAUACAAUAAUGCAAUUACACAACUCCUAUUAGACACUAACACUUACUCCCCAGUAUCCAAGAAUGAAAUAACCAUAGCAUAUGGUAGAAUUGAUUCUUUAUUAGAGGAAUAUUUGCUUGAAAAUCGGAUAGACGGUAAUGAUAUCAAAGAAAGACUGUAUUAG